AUGUCCCUUGUCCGGGCCCCGCCCGCGUCGUCGGUCCUCCCCGAGCCGACGGACGUGUCCCAGCUGCCCGGGUCCCAGCCGCCGGCCAGCCGGGUGGACAUCUACAACUUCAAUCUGCCGCUGGACCAUGAUCGUCUGGAGGCCGAAGCGGAGGAGCGCUUCCGUGCCAUCGUCGGCCUGCUGGCCGAGGCGGCCCUCGCGCCGUCCUCGCGGUCCAUCGGCGCCGCCUGCCGUUCGGUCAACCAGUACCUGAACCUCAAGUACCUGAUCUCGCCGACCGAGCGCGCCCGCAUCAUCACCCUCCUGCAUGAGGUGCUCGUGUAUCCGGGCCUCGACUCGGCCACCCAGUCGGCCGUGGCCACGCUUCUGCUUCGUCUGCUCAAGAAGUCGAGCUCCCUGGCCCCGGGUCUGCUCCAGCCCCUGCGCCUGGUGCUUCCCUGGCGCCCGCUCUUCGAGCACCUGCGUCGGUCGUUCUUCCCCCCGACGCGCGUGGCCUACCAUUUGGCCUCGGAGAAGCACCUCAAGCGCAUCCUCGACUAUCUGAGCGUUGCUCGGCUGUACUUCGACUCGGCCGACACCGAUGAGAUCAAGGAGAUGGCUCUGUCGAUGUUCUCGCCGGACUCGGCACAGUUCUGCCUCGGGCUGGGGUUCUUCUCGCGCUUCGUGCCCAUUCGCAAUGCCCCCGCCUCGCAGGUUCUCGGCUGGCUGGCCCGGGUGCCGGAGCUCUGGAACCUGGUGGCCAACAUGCCCUCCUGGGAUGCCACCUGGAUCGACCUGGUCGGCUGGGUGGCGCAGGAGCACACGGUCGGCGGGAUCAUCCUCGACCCGGAGACCGUGUCGCUGGCCACCGACCCGAUCCGCCAGCAGCUGCACGCCUUCGAGCCGCAGCUCCUGGCCACGGCCAUCAGCCUCUUCUCGGUGCCGGUGGGCUCGCGCGCGGCCGGCAUCGGGGGCGGGCGUCUGGUGGAUGUCUUCUCCUGGUCGUCGGCCAACGACUCGUUGCAGCCCUCCGACCAGGCGGCCUUCUUCUCGCUGGCGCACUACUUUGCCUUUUCGCUGGGCCCGGACCCGGCGGUCGACCCGUCGGCCCGGUCGCUGGAGGAGCUCUUCCGCGCGCUGGAGCCCUUCAUGCAUCCGUCCAACACGGGGCGCUGGUCGGCGCGCGUGAUGAUGUUCGCCGCGUCCCUGGUGUACUACCUGGGGCUGCGCAUUCGCAUUGAGACCCGGCCGAUGCCCGGGUCGCGGCGUCUGACGCCGCACAUGCGCCUGAGCCAGGCCACCUUGGAGUUUGUGUGUCGCCUGGUGCAGCCGAUGAUGCUGCUGCAGCUCUUCUCCAAGGACAGCUACUGCGUGCGGGACAGCAUCAUGACCAUGUCCAAGCUGUGCACCAUGUGCCCGGAGAUUGCCCUGCCGCCCUUCCUGGAGACCAUCGCCACGGCGCUGGACUCGGUGCUGGAGGCGCACCGGACCUACUCGGCCCUGUAUGCCCUGAUCCAUGUGGCCCCGGUGCUGGUCAAUCGCGCCGGGCACACCUCCCGGCUGGGGGUCUUUGCCGAGCCGGGCCCCCCGGGGCCGGAUGGCCAGCCCACCGCCUCGACCAAGCCGCUGCCCUUCAACUGGCGCCCGCGCCCCUACUUCCAGGGCCCGGGCCAGGUGUUUGACCUGCUGCAUGCGGUGCUGCCGGGCAUUGACAUGAACGAUCCGUCCAAGACCUUCCGAUCUCUCUAUUUCGUGUAUGUUGUGCUGCUCUUCAUGCCGAUCGUCAACUCGUCGGCCACCUCGUCGACCGAGUCUGCGCCUCAGUACACGGAGUCCGUCUUCGAGGGCCCGGUCAACCAGUCCUCCCUGGCCGAGGAGCAGGUCGACCUGCUGAUCGAGGCGGAUCGAGUUGUCCGCGAUGCCACCGGCCCCGGGGUUCUCGGCGAGUGGUGCCACAGCUUCCUGGAGCAGGUGUUCCGCCUGCUGGACAACCUGCCGGAGGACUCCAGCAAGGGGAUCAACGUCGAAUCCAGCGUUGUGUCGAUGGUGGUCAUCUCCACCGGGCAGUUCUUCCGCCAGCUGUCACCGGAGUACUUUGCCCAGGCCCUGCGGCAGUUUGUGGCGUACAUCGGCAAUUCGUCGGCCCCGCUUGGGGCCCGCAAUGCGGUCGGCAUGAUUUGCUCCUCGCUGACCUGGGCCAACCCGGAGGCCGCCAUGCGGGCCCUCGUUCCGCUGUGCUUGGCGCGCAUUCGUGACGAGGUGAACUCCCUGCCGGUGGUGUCGUCGCUGCGGGGGUCUGGCCCGGGUGCCAGCUCGGCCAGCCUCGGCGAGGUGAGCGAGGCCUCGGAUCUCCAGCUCCAGUGGUACUUGAACAUCCUGUACCACCUGUUCCACCGGACCGACCCGGGCACCAUCCUGCUCUUCAAGGAGGAGCUGCGCGAGGCCAUCGAGCUGUGUCUGGUGACCACGCGCCGGGGGUCCUACAAGAUGACGUGCAAGCUGGUUCGGCACCUGCUCGCCGCUCUGACGGCCACCGGGACGCUGGCCGAGCUCCGGUCCGUCACGCCGGACCUGUGGGCCGCGCAGAACCUGGCCGACAUUGCGCCCAACCUGUGGGGCGACUCCUUUGCCUCGAUCGGCCUGCCGACGGACUACCAGUCGACCGACACCAUGGACGACCCCCGGCCGCUGUUCGAUGUGGCCAGCCUGCACCUGGAUGUCAAGCUGACCUGGCGCACCCCCACGCCCGAGUCCCUGGACUGGGCGUGCACCCUGAUGACCGAGUUGAUCGAGCCGCGCGCCGAGCACCUGAAGAGUUUGCUGGAGCAGCCGGUCCUCAAUUGGCAGGAGAUCACCCGGCAGCUGAUCUUCCUGCGGCAUGCGGUCCUCGGGCUGCCGCUGCAGGACAUCUCCUACCGGGACAUCGUCGAGGCCUUCGCUCGUGGGGAUCUCGAUGACGAGUCGCCUCCGGGGCCCGGCGACCCGGCGCUCUCCUUCGCCGAUGACGAUGCGGCCGCCUGCGACGAGGAGGAGGGCGAGGAUGGCGACAGCGGGGCCGGCUCCGGCGACGGGUCCGACGUGGAGGCCGACUCGGUGGACGAGCUGACUCCGGACAUGACGAGCCCCCACAUGCGGUACCUCCGCCGGGCGCCGCUGCUCAUCCCCGAGGCCAUCCCCCCGGGGCAUGAGUUCCUGCCGAAGAUGCGGGCCCUGCACGAGGGGCUUGUCGCCCUCGGGGCGCGGCUCAUCGAGACCACCGAGUCUCGGCAGGACUUCAACAUCAAGGCCUACAAGUACUUCUGCAAGUUGCUGGCCGCCUUGAUUUGCCUGUGCUCGCCCCGGCGCCUGAUCCUCGAUUGGUCGGUCCUCUCGCCGCGCCUGUCGAAGACCGGCUUGUCGCUGAAGAUCGGCGACUCGAAGAUCCGCAACCGGUCGAACUUCGGCGCCAACAACAUCACCGCCCUCAAGGGUGGGCUGUAUACCAUCAAGAAGACCGGCAUGCUGUCCUUCUGCCUGCGCUCUUGGAAGUUCCAGGCGCGCUUCAUGAACUACUUCAGCUCAGCGCGCUUCGACGAGAAGCUCUCGGUGCAGAACCUGUCCGUGGAGCUGUUCAACAACUUCAAUGAGAGCUUCUACUUCAUCUCGCUCGGGGUGGCGCCGACGUCGCGCGGCCUGGCCCUCGCGCAGAAGCUCCAGCUGGACUUCGAGGGCAAGGCCACGCCGGUGCCAGCCAAGCAGCAUUCCUUCGAGGCCGAUCGCCGAGUCUACCAGAACCUGGUGUCCUCGCUCUCCGAGUGCCUGGUGGGGCCGGUGAACUGGAACACGCAGAACAAUGCGGCCGAAUCGCUGGCCAUGUGCGUGCGAGCGGAUGCCACCUUCGGCAACAACCUGUCGGACUGGUUCUACCGGGCCCUGUCGUCGGAUCACCCGUCGGCCCGGUCGCUGGCCAUCGACCUGGUGUCGUUGGUGCUCUAUUCGGCCAAGCCGCAUGCGCGCCAGCCGCUCCCGGUGGUGGAUGACAUCCGUGUGCUGGUGGACCCGCUGGCGCUCUCGGCCGAGGAGAUCCAGGCCCUGCCUGCCAAGUUCGAGCUGGACCUCAGCUCGCACCUCAAGACGGACGCAUGCCAUGCGGAGCUGACGCGGCGGUUCAUCGCCCAGUCGACCACAUCGACCGAGCUCUUUGUGGACACCCUCUCGCAUGGGUGGCUCCGGUGGCCCAAGCGCGUGCGCGUGUACAAUGGCACCCACUCGCGGGAGUCGGUGUCGACGCACUCCAACCUGGCGGCCCUGGCGGCCCUGGUCAAUGCCCCGAACUUCUGGGACGAUCUCCUGGGGCUGCUGCAAAUUGGCCGGACCUUCGACGAUGAGGACGACGGCGGGGCCGGGGCCGGCAGCGGCACCACCGCCGCCGGCGAGGCCAACUUCGACAGCGCCGUGUAUGUCCUGCUGAAGUCCCUCUUCCGGCACUUCGGCCUCUCGGCCUGGCUCGGGGCUCUGGGCCCGCUGCGGCGCUUGGCCGUGCAGACCAACGACCGCGCCGCACAGAGCCUGUCCUGCGAGCUGGUGGCCGGCGUGCUGCGCGGGUCCCGGGCCUGGGGCACGGCCGACCGGGAGACCCUCCGCCGGACGCUGCGGCCCCUGCUGGCGAAGGUGUUCGACUCGCUGAACCACGACAAUGUGGCCGACUGGGGGAGCGCCAUCAGCUAUGGCAUGUCGCACCAGGACCCUCGUCGCGUCCGCUGGCUCAUUGAUCUGAUCCUUUCGGAGAAGCUGCAGACCACGCGGCGGUACUCCUUCUCCGAGGCGCGCAAGGUCCAGCUCCAGUUGAACCUCUUCUCGGCCAUGGCCUGGCGCCUGGUGCGCUUUGCGGCGCCCACCGCCAAGGCCCUGCUCCCGCACAUGGCCCACCCGUACCGGCAGUGCCGGGACCAGCUUGGCUCGAUCAUGCACAUCUUGCAGAAUGUUUGCAUCAUCCCCUCGCUCCCGCGCGAGGAGUGGGUCCGGUUCGAGGUGGGGUCGAUCAUGGCUCGGGCGCUGGAGCACCUGCGGCAGCUGAUCCCCUCGGCCUCGGCCCCGGGGACCCCGAUGGUCCUGGCGCUUGAUGCGCCGGGGGCCACGGACGAUGUCGACGCGGCGGCGGCGGCGGCGGCCGCCGGCGCCACCGACACGGCGGCCGUCUGUGCUCGUCUCAACAAUGACACCCUGGCCGGGGUGGGGUCCCUGACGGAUGGCGACCCCGAUUCCAUCCUCCUGGUUGUGGCGGAUGAGGCCUUCUUCCCGUCGGCCGAGGCCGCGGCCCAGGCAACCAUCCUCCUGGACCGGGACGUCGACAUGACUGACGGCCUGGAGGAGGACGAGGAGGAUGUCGAUGGCGGCCCGGAGGCCGCCGAUGGCGCCAUGGACAUCGAGUCCGGUGACGAGGCUGGCACCGACUCCGAGGCCGAUGACGGCCACCAUGGCGUCGACGAGGAAGACGACGCCGGUGAUGAUGACGAUGAUGAGGAUGACGGCGACGAUGGCGAUGAGGAGGGCCACGGGGCCACCAGCGAGGCCGAUGCCGAGGUCGAGGCGGAUGCCGAGGCCGCCCUCGACGCUGGCUUCUCCGGCGGGGCCGGCUCGCGCAGCCUCUCGUCGCUGGUCCGCCAUCCCGGGUCCCCCUCGCACUCGGACCCCUACCACUGGCUGGCCAAGACGUCGCUCAUUUACGCCUUCUCCGGGAUGAACCUCCUGACCGCGCGUGGUGUGAUCCCCACGCUGCUGGAGCUGCUGCCGUCCUUCCUCAACCUCCUGGAGGACCAGGACCGCGAGACGCAGGUAAAUGAGCACAGCGCUGUCCUCACGGAUCUAUCACCACUCAGCCCGUAUCGGAUCCGGAUCCUGCCCGCGCCAUUGACCCUCUCGGCCAAGAUGCUCGCCGAGCCCGAGGAACAGCUUACUACGUCCGGACGGCGGCCGAGCCGCUGA